ACCGUCCCUGGUGGCGUGGGGGGGCCGGGGGCCAUGGGGGGCUUUGUGGUGCAGCGGCAGCUGGCGCAGGGCUCGCACGCAGGCGGCAGGCGGCCCCCCCCGGCACGGCGCUGCGGGAGCACCGCAGGCACCGCACGGCCGCCGCCCGCCCGCGCCGCCACGGUCCCUGCUGGCCCAUGAAGUGAUCCAGGUGCGUGGCACAGCCCCUGCUCCUGCCACAGCCACUGCACUGGGCACGAAGGUCUGCUGGCCAUGGGCAACCUGAUAAAGGUAUUGGGCAAAGAUUUAGAAAACUGUCCUCAUUUUUUCCUGGAUUUUGAAAGUUUCACAUGGGGAACCUUCUUAAAGUGUUGACUUAUAACGAACUUGACCAAGGCCCUAAUUUUUUCCUUGACUUUGAAAAUGCGCAGCCGACGGAGGCUGAGACGGCGGUGUGGAACCAGGUGAACGCUGUGCUGGAGGAGGCGCAGGGCGUCCUGGCCGAGCUACAGUCCUACACAGGCGCUGGGCAGGAGAUCCGAGAGGCCAUCCAGAACCCCGGGGACCUGCGGCUGCAGGAGAGGGCCUGGAGCGCCGUGUGCCCCCUCGUCGCCAAGCUGAAGCGCUUCUACGAGUUCUCCCUGCGGCUUGAGAACGCCCUGCGGAGCCUGCUGGAGGCCCUCACCAGCCCCCCAUACGCCCCCACACAGCACCUUGAGCGGGAGCAGGCCUUGGCCAAGCAGUUCGCCGAGAUCCUGCACUUCACCCUCAGCUUCGAUGAGCUCAAGAUGACCAACCCUGCCAUCCAGAAUGACUUCAGCUACUACAGAAGGACCAUCAGCCGAAAUCGCAUCAACAACCUGCAGCUGGAUGCGGACAGCGAGGUGAACAACGAGAUGGCCAACAGGAUGUCCCUCUUCUACGCCGAGGCCACCCCCAUGCUCAAAACGCUCAGCAACGCCACCACCAAGUUCGUCUCGGAGAACAAGACCCUCCCGAUCGAGGACACGACCGACUGCCUGAGCACCAUGGCCUGUGUCUGCAGGGUGAUGCUGGAGACCCCGGAGUACCGCAGCCGCUUCACCAACACGGAGACCCUCCUCUUCUGCAUGCGGGUGAUGGUUGGCGUCAUCAUCCUCUACGACCACGUCCACCCCGUGGGGGCCUUCGCCAAGACCUCCAAGAUCGACAUGAAGGGGUGCAUCAAGGUCUUGAAGGACCAACCCUCAACCAGCACUGAGGGGCUCCUGAACGCGCUGAGGUACACCACCCGGCACCUCAACGACGACACCACGUCCAAGCAGGUCCGGGCCCUGCUGCAGUGAGCAUGGUGCCUGCGGGCCACGUCCAUCACCGCGCAUGUCACCGAGUUAUCUACGCCCAUGACCAUAGUGCUCGUCUGUACAGGGGGAGAAGGGACAGAAUAAACACACUGAAAUGUAAAAA